AUGGGUCAAAAAGCUAAAGAGACAUUGGCUGUGCGGCCCCAGAGCCGCGGCCGACGCUCUCGAAGCCGCUCUCCAAGGCCCAAGACCAAAGCGACUCCACCCCCGCUACCUCCAAGCUAUGCCUCCGAUGGUGUGAAGGACUAUGACAUCCUCAAUCUUCCCGCCUCUGAUUACAAGUGGCUGGUCUUAGUGACCCUGGUGGCCGCCAUUGUGCGUCUAUUCCGUAUUUACCAGCCCACUAGUGUAGUGUUUGAUGAAGUACAUUUUGGUGGAUUCGCAAGCAAGUAUAUCAAGGGCAAGUUCUUCAUGGAUGUCCAUCCGCCACUCGCCAAGUUGCUACUCACGCUCGCGGGCUGGCUCGCUGGGUUUGAUGGUAACUUUGACUUCAAAGACAUCGGCAAGGACUAUGUUGCGGAAAACGUUCCCUAUGUGGCGAUGCGAAUGCUUCCAGCCGUCCUUGGGGUUUUGACAGUAUCUUUGAUGUUUUUGACCCUCAAGGCCACUGGUUGCCGUACCUCAACUGCUGUUAUGGGCGCCAGUGUUGUUAUCUUCGAUAAUGCGCUCACGACUCAAUCUCGUCUUAUUCUUCUGGAUUCCCCUCUGGUUUUCUUCACCGCCCUGACAGCCUUGUCGUUCAACUGCUUUUCGAACCAACAAGAAUUGGGCCCUAGCCACGCUUUCCGAGGCCCGUGGUGGUUCUGGUUGGCUGCGACGGGUCUUUCGUUGGGAGCAACAUUGAGUGUCAAGUGGGUCGGUCUCUUCACUGCGGCCUGGGUGGGAUCUAUUACUAUCCUCCAACUAUGGGUUGUGCUUGGUGAUGCCAAGAAUGUCACUCCACGACUCUGGUUUAAGCAUUUCUUUGCCCGCGCCUUCUGUCUGAUUGUGAUCCCCCUGGCUUUCUACCUCGCCAUGUUUGCCAUUCACUUUACUUGCUUGGUUAACCCUGGGGAGGGUGACGGUUUUAUGUCCUCGGAGUUCCAGGCUACCUUGAACUCGAAGGCCAUGCAGGAUACCCCGGCUGAUGUGGCAUUCGGCUCCCGUAUCAGCCUUCGUCACCACAACACACAGGGCGGCUAUUUGCACUCGCACAACCAUAUGUACCCAACGGGUAGCAAGCAGCAACAGAUCACCCUCUAUCCCCACAAAGAUGAGAAUAAUAUUUUCAUCAUCGAGAACCAGACCCAACCUCUAGGCCCCGAUGGUACCGAAAUUGCGGGACCUGCUGCCUGGGACGGCCUAAACUUUGAAUCUAACUUUGUUGAAGAUGGUUCUAUCAUCCGGCUUUAUCAUGCUUUGACCCACCGCCGUGUUCAUUCCCACGAUGAGCGUCCUCCUGUGACGGAAGCCGAUUGGCAAUUUGAGGUCUCGGCUUAUGGUUACGAAGGGUUCGCCGGUGAUGCAAACGAUCUAUUCAAGGUUGAGAUUGUGCCAUCUCUUUCGGAGACCUCGCUUUCGAAGAAACGCGUUCGUACUAUUCAGACCAAAUUUAAGCUGGUUCAUGUGAUGACCGGAUGUGUACUAUUCUCCCACAAGGUCAAAUUGCCCGACUGGGGAUUCGAGCAGCAAGAAGUCACUUGUGCUCGUGGUGGUUCGCUGCCCAACAGUGUUUGGUACAUCGAAUCUAAUGCACACCCCGCCAUGCCUGAGAACGCUGAGAAGACCAAUUACCGCAAUCCCGGCUUCCUGGGCAAGUUUUGGGAGUUGCAGAAGGUCAUGUGGGUUACUAACGCCGCCUUGGUGGAGUCGCACACUUGGGACUCUCGCCCGCCUUCAUGGCCCACUCUCCUUCGUGGUAUUAACUUCUGGGGCAAGAACAACCGCCAGAUCUACUUGCUUGGUAACCCCCUCAUCUGGUGGUCUAGCACUGUUGCCAUUGCAAUCUACGUGGCUUUCAAGGGCAUUGCGGUUAUCCGAUGGCAGCGUGCUUUCAAGGACUACCAGAAUAUCAACUUCAAGCGAUUCGAUUAUGAAAUCGGCACGAGUGUUUUGGGAUGGGCAUUCCAUUAUUUCCCGUUCUACCUCAUGGCCCGUCAGCUCUUCUUGCACCACUACCUCCCUGCUCUCUAUUUCGCCAUUCUGGUCUUCUGCCAAGAAUUUGAUUUCCUGGCCAACCGGGUGAAGAGCUUAGGCCUUGCCUCUCGGCCCGCUAUUGGCAAAAUCUUGAUGGCCACAUUUGUGCUCCUUAGCAUCGGCGUUUUCACCCUAUACUCACCCCUUGUCUACGGAAACCCGUGGACCAAAGAUGCGUGCCAGCGAGUAAAGCUCCUUAACAGCUGGGAUUUCGAUUGUAACACAUUCCACACCGAACUCAGCCAGUACGUCACGGAGCUCUCACCAAGUAAUUUACCAAUCCAAACCACUCCUAUCCCCGCUGCUCAGGUCGAGCAAGCACGGCACCCGCAGCCUCCGGCACAGCAACCUCUUGAUGCCGCCGGUCAGCAGCAGGAGGAGCAGCCAGGAGCAGCAGUGACCUCGCCGAAGCUUGCUGGUACCAUGGCACGUGUUGAGUAUCGGGACCAAAAUGGCAACAUCUUGGACGAGGAGCUUGUCGCCUCGCUUCGUGCAGAUGGCAAGCACGCGCAUGAGGUUCCUAUUGUCGAUGGCCAGCUCGCUCCUCCGCACCCUGAUGUCGAGGGCCAGAACCCCGAGACUGACGCUGCGGAUACAAUUCCCCCCGAGAGCCCUGCUUCCGUGGAUCAGGGUAAUGAGAGGUCUGCUGAGGUCGACAGCUCGCCUGAAGCCAAACCUGCCAGUGAAGGAAAUGAGGCCACCCGAUAA